UCCAGAGGGCAGAGCAUGGCCGGAAGCUCCCAGUUGAGGUCCCAGGGCCAGCUAAGGUCCUUGGCCCAAGUCCUGGCAGCAGAAGGCUAUGGAGUGGCCACAAUUAUUCCCAGACCGGAAGUGAGGGAGCUCCCGCCAUGGCAGACCCCCAGCCCAACACAGCCCGGCCAGAGAUACCUGCCCCAGGAGCCGAGCCCACCGGGCUUCCUGCCUCCAGCCUGGCACCAGCAGAAGCCCAGGAAGAGGAGCAGCCUUCUCAAGGAGCUGGGCGCCUUCCAUGUUGUCAUCGCUCUGCUGCACUUGUUCUUUGGGACUUACCUGGUCUCUACUGUCACGGAUCUUCACCUGGUGGUGCUGAAGUCUUGGUAUCCGUUCUGGGGGGCUGCCUCUUUUCUCAUUUCAGGGAUCUUGGUGAUAACGACGGACAUGGUCUUGAAGACUUAUCUGAAGAUACUUUGCCUGACAGCACACGGCGUCAGCUUCUUCUGCGUGCUAGCGGGCCUCUUUGUCAUUGCCAAAGAUCUCUUUCUGGAGAGGACGUUUGAUUUCCCGAUCUGGACCCCGUACCCCAACAGCACAGUCUACAUCCAGAGGCUGGAGCUGGCUCUGCUCUGUUUCUCCUUCCUGGAGUUCUUCCUGCUGAGCUUCACGGCCGUCACAGUCUGCAGGGCUGGCCGCCGGUCUGCAGAGGAAGGUGACUUAUCCUUUGCUCCGGACACAUCGUCGUGGGGGCUCCGGGGGCCACCGAUGAGUCCUCCACCAGCCUAUGGGGAUGUGACUAUGACUUGGGGUGACAUGUAAGACGAGCCAGAGCAGAGGUGAGGAGGCCCCGGGCUCCCCAAACUGUCAGAAUUCACCGCCUCCCCCCGGGUCCCUUCUCCCUGCACAGUUCCGAAGAGGCGGUUGCCAGAAAGGGGCAAACGGGGCUUUUGCUAGAAAUGUCUGCCCCGUGCUGAUGGCCGAGGUAGAGGCCGGCCCCCAUGCCCGCAGGCCCAGAAGGGACCCCCGGGCCCCACCCCCUGCAACAUGUCAGCUUCUCAGCUGGACCAGAGCACGGCCAGGUCCUACCCACCCAGGAACAGACCCCAGCCCCCACUCCACCCCUCUACCCUCCCUGUCCGCUGCCCUCCAGUCACUGGCGGACACACGGGGAGCUCGUCCACGGGGGGGCGUGGGGCGAGUCACAGAAGGGAGCCUCAGAGCCCAGGGAGGCCUGGCCUCCAGACUCAACCCACCGUGAGGUCUCUGGGGGAGCGUGGGUCUGAAUCCCUGGAUCGGGGGUGGGCGCAGCCGGGGCCUCGAGUCGGAUGGAAACGGGGCCCAGUUCUCCCCCACAAACGGUUAACGCAUCUCCCUGCCUCCCUGGGCCUCAGUGUCUCCACCUGUACUCUGAGGGAGAGGUAGAUGAUGGGACCUGGGCCUCGCAGCUGGAAAGCUCAGAGAUAGGAGUCAGGUUCGGGAUUCCAGCUGUGAUAUCCAAGACCGUGAGUGAGGCUUCAGGUCCCAGGUCCACACCGGCUGGCGCCGCGGAGUAGGCCAAGCGAGGGAGAACCGCCUUCUCCGUUCCUGAAUGUAGCCUUCCCGGGACAGUCUGUGAUUCCUGCGAUUUCCGGACUGUAUUCUGUUCCCCUCGUUUCCAUAAAGUGAUUUUCCUUCUUGCCGCGCAUUAUCGUCGAGGGGAACUUUGUGUCAGCAACACACAGGAAGCCGAUACCUUUCCACGAAAAGAAGCAAAGCACAAAAAUGAUGGAAACGCUGCAAACAUAAGACGAAACUCGCUUGCCACCCCACGCGGUGAUCUCAGCACCUGCUUCUCUGCCUCUCGCCACCCCGGCUUCCCUGAGGCUCCACAGACACUGAGCCACCGCCUUGCCCUUCCUCUGCCUGGACUCUCUUCCCUGGAGAAUCACGGCACUCACUCCGCCCAGUAGAGACGGGGCUUCUGACUCUGGGCCACAGCUCGUGUCAUUUGCCCCUCCCAUCAAUCUGUGGUGUAGGUUCUGUCACUAUCCCCGUGACACGCAGGCUCAGAGAUGUUAAGCAAGCUUCCCGAAGGCACCCAGCUGGUAAGCAGUAGAGCCCAGAUUCAGACCCGAGCACCCUGACUCCACGCUGACGGCACCCAGACGUGGCGACAGGAUGGCCCCCGCUCUCCAGGAGCGCUACUCUCACUGGUCAGAUGAGACGUGCCCGUACGACAGCCACCACAGUGCACACGGCAAAGUCAGCCCUCAAAGUUCACGGGAACCCCGUCUUCCCAGAUGGGUCGUUUGCCGUGUGGUAGCCCGGGUUUUCAGCUGUCCGGGAUCGCAGUCCUACAAAACCCCAGGGUGCAGCGAUGCCCUCGGGGUUCCCAAGCCUCGCACUGAAUACUCCCAGGGUUCAAGGUUGUCUGAAUUCUGUCGUCACUGCACUGAAUAUUCCCGGGGUUCAAGGUUGUCUGAAUUCUGUCGUCACUUCCCUUGUUGCCACUCCUGCCUGUCACCUCUGGUCUCAGUUAGUGACUUGCCGGUAACCUCUGGUCUCUGCUUCUGUUCUGCUGCGUCUGCGGGUCACAGCUGGCUUUGGAGCAGAAUGUCAAGCGUAAGUCCCUGGCCUUGGACGGAGCAUCAGAGGGCCGAUGUGUGGGACAAACGGUUAGGACGAAGAAUCCGAAGAAAAGAACCUCAAAGCCUGGCUGUCUGGAGAUCCCGGGUGCAAAUUUCCGCUCGGGCGGUCGCUUCCUCUGUGACCUUGACCCGGCCCCAUCCCCUUACAGGGCCUCAGUUUCCUCGUCUGUAAAAUGGGAUGUUGUACUGGACCGGCGGUUUCGUUUCAACCAAUCUAUGAAAAGGAGAGUAGAGCGACUCAACUGGGGUGUCAGGUUAGCACGCUUGCUUCCUCUUUCUCCAUGUGUAUCCGUCUCGUGCAUGCACGUCCACACCCAGGCACCCUUGCACCUCCGUGUGAGCCUUUGUGUGGAACCAUCCGGAAGUGGCAGACACCAGGACCCUCCGUCCCCAGAUUCUUCUGCCUGCAUUUCUUCCUGAGAAUGUGAGCAUUCUGCAUAAUCACAAUAGUAUUAUCACAGUAAGAAAAUUAAAGACGAUUCCAGGGUGGGGCGCCUGGCUGGCUCAGUCAGUUAAGCAUCCGACUCUUGACCUCGGCCCACGUCGCGGCCUCGCAGCUCGUGACUUCAGACACCACAUCGGGCUCUGCA